UCAUCUUCUUCUUAUAGCAUAGGAAAAUCAAAAGGACAGGACUCUUUUUUUCAUUGUUCCUUUCAGAACCCUAAAUUUUGUUUUCCGAAAUUUUUUAGCCAUGAGCAGUAGUUCUUUCGAAGAAUCUCUGAAAUCUAUGUCGUUGGAUUACCUGAACCUUUUAAUCAACGGUCAAGCUUUCUCCGAUGUUACUUUCAGCGUUGAAGGCCGUCUAGUCCACGCUCACCGUUGCAUCCUUGCCGCUCGUAGCCUCUUCUUCCGCAAAUUCUUCUGCGAAUCUGAUCCUUCACAGACCGGAGCCGAACCGGCUAGUCAAACCGGAUCAGGAGCCAGAGCAGCCGCAGUAGGAGGAGUGAUACCGGUUAACUCGGUAGGUUACGAAGUUUUCUUACUUCUACUUCAGUUCUUAUACAGUGGUCAAGUCUCAAUCGUGCCGCAUAAGCACGAGCCAAGAUCGAAUUGUGGAGAUAGAGGAUGUUGGCACACGCAUUGCACUGCUGCCGUCGAUCUCUCCUUAGAUAUCUUGGCAGCCGCUCGUUAUUUUGGCGUAGAGCAGCUUGCCUUGCUUACUCAGAAACAUUUGACGAGUAUGGUGGAGAAAGCCUCCGUUGAAGAUGUGAUGAAAGUGCUGAUAGCUUCAAGAAAGCAAGACAUGCAUCAAUUAUGGACCACUUGCUCUUACCUAAUCGCCAAAUCCGGUCUUCCACAAGAGAUUCUAGCCAAACAUCUCCCAAUGGAACUCGUAGCCAAAGUUGAGGAGCUCCGUCUCAAAUCUUCAAUGCCUCUUCGUUCCCUAAUGCCUCACCACCAUGAUCUAACAUCGGCUUUAGACAUCGAGGACCAUAAGAUCAGGAGGAUGAGACGUGCAUUAGACUCCUCUGAUGUCGAGCUUGUGAAGUUAAUGGUGAUGGGAGAAGGACUCAAUCUUGACGAGUCCCUAGCUUUGAUUUACGCGGUUGAAAAUUGUAGUAGAGAGGUUGUGAAGGCACUUCUUGAGCUUGGAGCAGCCGAUGUAAAUUAUCCAACAGGACCCACAGGGAAAACGGCUCUCCACAUAGCAGCCGAAAUGGUCUCUCCGGACAUGGUGGCCGUCUUACUCGACCACCACGCCGACCCAAACGUCCAGACAGUGGAUGGAAUCACUCCUCUCGACAUCCUUAGAACCCUAACGUCGGAUUUUUUGUUCAAGGGGGCAAUUCCUGGAUUGACUCACAUUGAGCCUAAUAAGCUCAGGCUUUGUCUCGAGCUGGUCCAGUCCGCGGCAUUGGUUAUAUCACGAGAAGAAGGGAACAAUAACAGUAACGAUAACAACACAGUGAUCUACCCUAGGAUGAAAGACGAACACACGAGCGGAAGUAGUUUGGAUUCAAGAUUGGUUUAUCUGAAUCUUGGAGCCACAACUCGUGAUCUUGGGGAUGACAGUAGCAAUCAAAGGGAAGGGAUGAGUAUGCAUCAUCAUCAUGACCCGUCAACAAUGUAUCAUCAUCACCACCACCAUCAUUUCUAGGUCUUUAUAUGGUUCUAUAUUAUACCAUCCUUUUUUUGAUAACCAUCAUCCUUUAGUUAAGACUUAAGAGAUAAACAUAUUCAAUAUCUAAUUAAUUUGUCGUUAUAUAUGGUCUCCUUUUUCGCGGUGAGUAAAUUUAAAACGUUACUUCCA